UUCCCUUGUCCUCGUCGUCGCUCGACACAACUCCUUCUACCAAUCGACACUCCCAUCUCUCUCUCUCCUCUUCUCACUUUGCAUCGACAUUUUACAAUACAUAGAUAUUACUCUCAAUCCUAAUACGCACACCCGCAUCCACGGACAGGUUCCUCCUCCCCAAACACACGCGCCGCCCCCUCGCACUUCCCCCUGCAACCCCCCUUUUCUCCAUCAACCCCGUGUCGCGCGCUACGGGCCUCGACAGCCAGCCUCAUCCGCGACAUGCCCACUGCCCCACCGCGUCGGGCGCACACAUACGAUGCCUAUCUCGCAUCAGAGCCCCUUCCCGCAGUAGACGAGUACGCGGAUGGCAGCAAUGGCCUCGACGCGUCACAUGUCAACAGGAGUACAAGCAUGCGUGACUUUGCUGAACCCCUCGCCCUUCCAGAGUUAGACUUGAGCGACAACCCCCUCCCCCCAUCAUAUUCUGCUGCUAUGGCUUCGCCCGUUGACGGACGAGGGCCUUCGUUUGAGCCAGCUCCGGCUCCUCACCACCCCGGCGGUGGUCCUACUCGUCUUCCGCCUAUAAAUCAAGCACCUUAUCCUCCUGUUGACUACCAGUCGCAGGUCGGGUACGAUGGCAUUGCUCCUGGCUCCGAGACCAACCGCAUGUCGGCCGACAGCGGCGCAAGUCACGGCAUCGCGCGGCGACCUCACUCGGAUGCCAACGAUGUUGAAGCCGACUUUGCAAACCUCCGGUUGACUGGAGCGGCCCCGCAUCCCCAAGGGCAGCCGCCUUUUCACGGUGGACAACCUGGAGCGCCGCCGGGCCACGGAGUUCAGAGACAGCAGACGAUGCCCUCGUUCCCGUCCCCGUACGGCGGUGUCGCUCCGCAACUCCGAGGGCAGAGGUCUGUGACCGCCGGCCACGCUCCUCCCCAUGGACAACAGGACCCGAGUGCGAGCGUGUACAGCCUCGAUUCGGGAUUGGGUGCCUAUGGCGCCGCACCCAAGCCAGGACCUGGGCGUGGUUACGGGGGGCCUCCUCCCGCUGGUGGGCCUCAUCCGCCUGGAGCUGGAUGGCCAAAUCAACCGUUUCCAAAUGCUCCCCAGGCCGAGUUUGCUGCCAACCCGUACUACUCUGCGGCGAACGACUUUCUCGGAUUGCCUCCCAGCGGACCGGCUGCUGGGGGACCUCCGCCAGGAGGCCAGCCCAUGGCUCACGGCCCACCAUCGCGCCAGGCGAGCAUGUCGAACCUGGCUCGGACCAACACAUCGCGGUCCAACAUGUCGACCUUGUCGCUGUCAUCGAUGGGAUCGAUCCCCCCGCCCCGAGUGACGUCGCAGCCCCAGCCGCCCCCACCCCAGCAGUCCGAGUCCGUGGGCGCCUCGUCUACUCGACGACGGGGCGCAGCGGCCGCGAUUGACGUCAGCAAACCACCAUACACGCGCGAGUUUGUUGACGACUACCGCAACCGCAUGAAGGUCGACCCGGACCCAGAGGCUCAGUUUGCCUUUGCCAAGUACCUCAUUGAGGCGGCCAAGAAGAUUGGUGACGAGAUUGGCCAGCAUGACUCGCGUGCCGGUCGCAAGUACCGUGACUCGCUCCUGGCAGAGAGCUUGCGUAACAUCAAGAAGUUGGCAGAGAGCAAAGAUCCGUACGCCGACGCCCAGUUCUUCCUCGCCAAUCUGUACGGAACAGGGCAGCUCGGACUACAGGUCGACCACGAGAAGGCUUACUACCUCUAUCUCAUGGCGUCCAAGCUCAACCACCCCGCGGCGACGUACCGUGCCGCCGUGUGCUGCGAGCUCGGCGCAGGCACAAAGCGUGAUCCCGGACGCUCCGUCUUGUUCUACCGCAAGGCAGCGGCGCUGGGUGACACUGCGGCGAUGUACAAACUCGCUCUCAUUUUGCUCAACGGCAUCAUGAACCACCCACGCAACCCACGUGAGGCGUUAGUUUGGCUCCGCCGCGCUGCUGCCCAGGCCGAUGAGGACAACCCGCAUGCGCUUCACGAGCUCGCCCUCUUGCACGAGCGACAGAACAACGGCACGAAUGGCGUCAUUCCGUUCGACCCGAACCUCUCUCGCGAGUACCUUACCCAGGCUGGCCAGCUGGGAUACCCUCCUGCCCAGUUCAAGCUCGGCUCGUGCCACGAGUUUGGCACACUCGGAUUCCCCAUUGAUCCGCGCCGCAGUAUCGCCUGGUACACACGUGCUGCGGAGAAGGGGGAGGCCGAAGCAGAACUCGCCCUUAGUGGAUGGUACCUUACUGGAAGUGAGGGUGUUCUGAAGCAAUCUGACACGGAGGCAUACCUCUGGGGUCGCAAGGCCGCAAACAAGGGCCUGGCAAAGGCCGAGUACGCCGUGGGAUACUACACGGAGAUUGGCAUCGGUGUCAAGCAGGAUAUCGAGCUGGCCAAGCGAUGGUACAUGCGCGCAGCGAGCCAGAACCACAAGCGAGCGAUGCAGCGCCUGGCCGAGUUGAACAGCAACAAGAACGUAAAGGGCAAGGGUGCCCGACCUACACGCAAGGAGGCCGAGUCAGAGUGCGUCAUAAUGUAAGGACUGGGGAUGAAGAUGUCAUAAUAUGUGGAAAGGUUUGCUUGUACAACAUGCACAGCAUUGAUUGGCUUUUGUGUUGCGAGUGGAGUGUGGAUAUGCUGAAGAUGACUAGAGGUUGGCCUUGAUCUUGGGCACUGUCAUCUUUUGGAGCCAGUACUCGAAGCCGUUGGCCGAGUCGUCGCGGAGCUGUGUGGGUCAACACCUGAUCUACGAACCCACUCACAGCAGUAGAAAUAACAUCCUUGU